UGAAAAAAAUUGGAGUCACGGUGACGUUUCAGAGUUUAUUUACUAGCAACAUUUAAUCCAGAAGCGCCUGUCAAAACACUCAACAGAGUUUAAAACGCAAGGUCUGUGCAAAACAUGUUACACCAUCGGCCACUAACGGUUGUGUAUUUGUAGUUUCGUCGGUUGGAUAUUUUUCGCCACUGUGAAAGAGUUCGAUUCAAGUUUGCUUGCUUUGUUAAUGAAUUGCUAGCUGUUUUUGAAGAGAGAACUGUGAAUAGAGGCUAUUCUAUCAGAGUUUCUGUAGCUUGAUUGUAUCUUUCCAUCAUGGAAGACGAAACCAUUGCAGUUUACCUUCAUAUUUAUGAUUUAACAAGAGGAAUGGCUCAACUUAUGUCUGCAGCUAUCUUGGGGAAACAAAUUGACGGAAUUUGGCACACUGGAGUUGUUGUCUACGGGCGAGAAUACUUCUUUGGUGGACAAGGAAUUACCAGUUGCUUACCAGGCGAAACCAUUCUCGGCCAACCUAACCAAAUUCAUCCUCUCGGAGCCACCCAAAUACCCUUCUCCAUCUUCGUUGACUACGUUCAAGGGUUGGCUGAUUCCACAUUUAGGCCGGAUGCUUACGAUUUGCUGCAACAUAAUUGCAACACCUUCUCCAACGAAAUCGCCCAGUUUCUCUGUGGAAACUCCAUCCCGCAACACAUUCUCGAUUUGCCUACGGAAGUUCUUAGCACUCCGUUCGGCCAGAGUCUGCAGCCGCUGUUGAACAGUCUAGGUGCAUCGAGCAGCCAGGGUGGGAUACCGGUAUUGCCGUUGGAUUUAGACGGAGGUCGACGAAGCGUCAACCGUGCACCCUCGCCGGGAGCUGUUGCAUUAGAAAGGGCGAUUGAAGACGCCCGACGCGACUCGCUCAAACUCGAAGAGCGUCGUAACACAAUUUUGGAAAAAGUCGAAAAGUUGGAAAAGAAAAAGGCCAAAAAGCAGCUGCAACAAGAACGAAACGCCAGUUCAUCAUCGUCUUCAUCCGUGCCUGAAAAGAAAAUGGCUGACGCAUCCGAAGCAAAUAGCGCCUUAGACGGAUCGGAAGAAACUCCGAAGGCACCCAGGGAACCGCCCAUCGUCUACAAAGACUUGAUUGAUGUCAAGAAAGAGUACGAAAGCUUGGCUGAAUGCAUCGCCAAAGUAGGACAAGAUGACGACCAUCAGUCAAUGUCCGAACUGAAGCAAUACGUCAUCGACGAUGAGGGUUCGUGGGCGUUGGGAGACAAUUUUCUUUUGUUUAUUGCAAAAUGGCUCAAUGACGAUAAGCCCUCCAACGACCAACUCCGUGUUCAACUACUGACGGUUCUUGCCGCCGCUGCUUUGAAAGAUGACGUUAUCCUGAUUCUGCACCAGGAUCGCCGUGAUCAUGUCCUCAUGAAUUACGCUCACAACAUUGAUCGCCUGCCCUUGUCCGAACAACAAGCUCUUGCCCUAUUUAUGUGCAACCUGUUUGAGAAUGGUUCCAGUUCAGAGUGGCUUUUGUACAUUUCUGAGUGGACAGCUCCGCACACUACUUCGCCGUUGAGUAAUAUCCGUGUUACGACCAAAGUAGCCGUUACUGCCCUGCUCUCUGAUAACCCACUCCUUCAAGAUAGAGGCAGUGCAAUAAUCUAUAACUUGGCCAUCAAGGAGAAAAUGGAACGCACUCGUGACUUUGCUGAAUUGAUGCCCCGUGGUGCUCUUUCAAAGGUUUUCGAUGACGUAGCCACCGAAUUAGCCAUGGCUAUUCUACAAUUCUUUAGUGUGGAACAUAGCGAAGAACAAAUCUUCCGUUGUAUGAAAGGCUUGGUUAGAUUUGCCUAUAUUGCUCACAGUGAGGUGCCUGCUCUGAUCAAAAUGAUAGGACCUGAUCCAACUCAGUUCAAAGGAAUGUCGGCUCGAAUAGAUGAUCUUGUCGAACCGCUAUUGGACCGCCUUCGUUCAGUUCGAGGCAUGGAUUGAUUAAGGCGCUACAAUCAGACGCAAAAUUUUUGGGUUUCUCAUUUUUUAACAAACAUUUCUGCAGCCUAACAAUUAACUGAGCCAACCAGAAUUGUUGAAAUAAAAUGUCUAAUAAAAUAUUUAAAGAAA